AUGGGAAGUACAACACGAGCUGCUGCUGAGCUAAGACGCCUGCAUCACGGACCCGACGCGUCCAACACUCGCUCUGCCAGCUCCCAGACCUGGCACAGGGGCAAACGAGUGAACUCUGUGGCUCAGCAGUUUGUGAAUGGACCAGCGGAGAUGGUUACGCCGCCGCUAACUCGGGACAAGGGUGGGGGAGAGAGGUUUUUCCCGCCAUCCGUCGCUUUGAUCUACAAUCUCCCGACCUGA